GGAGGAGCUGAGUACUUCCUCCACCCUCCCUCCCUGAGAGGAGGAAGGUAAAGUAAAGUUGGUGUGAGUGACGCAGAGCUGCAGUCCAGACGAGUCUCUCUGUUUCUCUCUAAAGAAACAACUGAAUCCAGCAGCUUUUCAUCAACAACACAACAGGAUCUCUGACAAACUCUGAGUGUCGAUAUGUCUGCUGCCAGCUGUCUGCAGACUGAAGAUCAGUUCCUGUGCUCCAUCUGUCUGGACGUGUUCACUCAUCCAGUCACCAUACCAUGUGGACACAACUUCUGUAAAGCCUGCAUCACUGACCACUGGAACGUUAAUGCCCCACCUAACUGUCCCAACUGUAAAGAGGGUUUUAACAUCAGACCUGAACUUCGGGUCAACACGUUCAUCUCUGAGAUGGCUGCUCAGUUCAGACUGUCAGCUCAACAGAAAGCCAGCAGCAGCAGCUCAGAGCAACAAGCUGCCCAACCAGGAGAAGUUCCCUGUGACGUCUGCACUGGACCCAAAGUGAAGGCCCUCAAGUCCUGCCUGGUGUGUCUGGUCUCCUACUGUGAGGCUCACCUGGAGCCUCAUCUGACUAUGUCAGGUCUGAAGAGACAUCAGCUGAUGGACCCUGUGGAGAACCUGGAAGGCUGGAUGUGUACGAAGCACGAUAAACUGCUGGAGCUGUUCUGUAAGACCGACCAGAUGUGUGUCUGCAUGUUCUGCACUGUUGCAGACCACAAGAACCACGAUGUUGUUCCUCUGAGAGAAGAAUAUGAAGGAAAGAAGGCCGAACUGGGGAAGACUGAGGCUGAAGUCCAGCAGAUGAUCCAGAAGAGACGACUGAAGAUUCAGGAGAUCAAACACUCAGUGGAGCUCAGUGAGAAAGAAGCAGACAGAGAGGUAGUAGAAGGUGUCCUGGUCUUCAGCGCUCUGAAGGAGUCUGUUGAGAGAAGCCAGGCGGAGCUCAUCAACACCAUCAAAGGGAAGCAGAGAAAGACACAGAAACAGGCUGAAGGCUUCAUCAAAGAGCUGGAACAGGAGAUCUCUGAGCUGAAGAAGAGAAGCACUGAGGUGGAGCAGCUCUCACGCUCUGAAGACCCUCUCCACCUCCUCCAGAGCUUCAGGACCCUGAACACUGCUCCACCCACCAAGGACUGGACAGGAGUCAGAGUCAGUGCACCUUCAUAUGAGGGGACUGUGGUGAGUGCUGUGCAUCAGCUGGAGAAGAAGCUCAGUAAACAGAUGAAGAAGCUGCUUGAUGAGGUGGAGCUGAAGAGAGUCCAGCAGUCUGCAGUGGAUGUGACACUUGAUCCUGAUACAGCACAUCCUCAACUCAUCCUGUCUGAUGAUGGAAAACAAGGUAAACUUGGAGAUGUAAAGAAGAAUCUCCCAGACAAUCCAGAGAGGUUUAAUUCUCAUCCUGUUGUUUUAGGAAAGCAGAGUUUCUCUUCAGGUAGAUUUUACUACGAGGUUCAGGUUAAAGGGAAGACUGCCUGGGUGUUAGGAGUGGUGAGAGAGUCCAUCAACAGGAAGGGAUUCAUCUCACCGUCUCCUCAGGAUGGUUACUGGACGAUACGGUUGUGGAAUAAGAAUAGUUACUCUGCUUGUGCUGACCCAUCAGUCCGUCUCUCUCUGGAGUCCCGGCCUGAGAAGGUGGGAGUGUUUGUGGAUUAUGAGGAGGGUCUGGUCUCCUUUUAUGACGUUGGUGCUGCAGCUCUGAUCUACUCCUUUACUGACUGCUGCUUCACUGAGAAACUCUACCCAUACUUUAGUCCAAGUCAUGAUAAUAAGGGUACAAACUCUGCUCCUCUGAUCAUCUCUGCUUUCAAUCACACGGAGUAGAACAAACACUUGAUUUUCUCUAAAAUAAAUAAUUUAUUGAUGUGUCCACACGCCGUCCUCAUCUACGAGCGUCCUCUGAAUAGAUCCCCCUCCAGGCGGGGGGAAAAGAGGGAGCUUCUCCUCCCUCUCCGCCCGGACACGUUUCCACAAGUGUUUCGACUCUAAUUGAAGCUCUUGCAACAGAUUAUUUAAGAGUGGAGCCCUGAAACACAAACUAUUGUAAAAGACUCUAUCAUGAAUCGUUACAUCGAUAAAAUAUGAUUAUUGGUCAUGAAAAAAUAAAAUAUAUGAAAAAGAAAUUUAAAUGUUUCGUUUUUUCCAGAUUUAAUAAUAGAAAAUGAUCCUUCAUUAUUAAUUAUUUGGAUUAGCCGAGGGUGCAGGUGUGAUAUAUGGCAAGAUGUGUCAGUUGGCACAAGACUCCAUGGGUUUGUCGGGUGUAUAAUUUCAUGAUUAGAGUGUGUAAAUGUGUUCAUUUAAUGCAUAUUGUGUGAUUAUUAUGUGAUCAAAAGAAUGGAAUGCAAUAGGGAAAAUAUAUUUAACCCUUCAAAUGUACAAUGUACUAAGUUUAUAGAUUGUAGGUGCUGGAGUUGUGUGGCAAAGCAAGUGUCUCACACUGAUAAGAUGUCUCGAGUAGUGUAACAACAAGUUGGUUCACAUCUGUUGGAUGUAAGCGAGUUUCUGUUGUUGCCACCAGUCUGGACUGAGGUAUAAGAACGACUCUGCCCUGUAUGUAGAAAAAAUAAAUAAAUAAGAUAUUCUUCUCAGUCUACUGAGCACGUAGCUGUUGUGACCUUUUUUCCCUUGCAGGGAAAUAAACAGAAAGACAUAUUCUUGUUUUACGAUUGUCUCUGCAAAUCGUCCUCCACCAGUUUCUGUCAUUUUGUGACUUUGAUGUUUUAAAAGGAGACAGGUGAGGUCAAAUGACUGUUAUUGGAGAACAUGUUCUAAACAGAUUCAACUGUGACUGGUGGUUUGACAUUCAUUAAUGUGUCAUGUCUUUGCUGGUACUCCAUCUACUGUAGUAGUACACGGACUAGAAGUACCUCAUACAAAUACCUCUCCUGAAUAUCCUAUAAGACUUUUCCAGAGCCUUUGAUGACGUCAUCAUUCCUGAUUCACGCGUGACUCAUUACCCACAGAGAAAAGAGGAAAAACCCACCAGGAACAAAAACAGAGCCUCAGACUUCUUGAUAUCAAACUUGACUUUGAGGAGAAGGAAGAAGCAGAGAAACGAAACCGAGCUCACCAGUGCGGCCUCUCACGUUGCAUCUCCUCCCAGGUGUGUGUCAUCAGCAACUUAACACACAUCAGCCUGCAAAGAGACGUCCAUCGGAACAGAAGCAGCAGAGGGCCAGGAUCACACCGGGUUCCAGCACGCGGCUGUGAGGCCCUUUGCCCGGUACAGAGAAACACGCACACACCUACCAAGCUGAAAGACUGCAAUGUGCCAAGAACAAUGCACGGAAAAUGAGUUCUCAGGAGGUUGUUUGAGUAGAAAAAUUAUUUUUUUUGUGACGGGAGCUUAAUUUCAGGAAAUUAACUUGAAAAAACGUUUUGGGGUUUUAUAAUGGUGUAAAAAUGCACAUGCAAUUUUUUUAAUCUAAUAUUUGAAGCAGCUUGCUGGUGACCUCUUUGUAUUUCAUACCUCGUGUUAAAUCAGUUCUGUUGAAUAUCUACCCUAUAAGACUUUUUUGUUCUGAAACAAACUGAGGAGCAAGGGGUCAACAUGACGCCAUGUUUCAGCAUCAUCUUUGAGACCACGGCGUCCUCCAUGAACAACGUCUUGAUGUUCUCACCGCUCUAACUGUGUAUCUGUAACGACGACGUGCGGAGCUUCGACUGCAUGUGCUACGACGGGACGGCGUCCCUGAGGGUUAGGGUUAGGGUUAGGGCUUCCCGCUACUGACGAUGGUGCACGUUGUGAAGUAUGUCGGGAUGAGGAUGUAAGUUAAUUGCACAAACCUGGUACUCGUUUUUCAACCGCCUUUGCAUUAAAAAGUAUUUGGAUUUCA